AGUGUGGUCCUGAAACGAGAGCCAUUCCACAGCGGAUAUGAGGACGCCAAACUAUCAGUUAUCCGCCCUCUCCCAGCCCCGGCGACACCCAUCGUGAUGCGCAUGCGCAUGGCCGGACGCUAGGACCCAGCAGUCCUAGCUGGCGGGCGCUUCUGCCUUGAGGAAGUCUCGCGGUGUUUGCAUUUGAACCUCUGGGCGGGUGCCGACGAUGGCGGCGUCGCUCCCGCGACCUGGGAAUCGGCUCUUCCGAACGUAUGGGGCUGCGGGCGGCGGGGGGCCGCGGCGGCGACCCGGCAGGGCAGCGGCGCAGUGGUUCCCGCCGAAAGACCGGAAGCGUUUAUUCAGCAGCAGCAGUAGCAGCGACGCCAGCAGCGGCGGCCCCUCGCGCUCUAUCGCUUCCGACGAUCCCGACGACCCAGACUUCCUCGGCUUUCCGGUGGGUCGACGGCGGAGGGGCCCUGGCGGUCGAGUCUCCGAGGACCGGCCGAGUCUGAUCGCGACCCCAAGACGCCUGAGGCUGCGAGCUCGGCCUCCGCAGAACUGCAGCACCCCCUGCGGGCCGCUCGAACCGCCGCCCUUCUCUAACGGCAACCCGUGCCUACUGAGCCCGGACCUCAGUGCGUGCAGCCGGCCCGGGGACGGCGGCGAGCUGGGCACCAGUGCCUCCCUGUUCAGCAGUCUGGCCUCUCCUGGCCCCGGCCUCCCAGCGCCAGGAGACAGUGUCCUCGGGACCGGCCCCGCCGCCUCUUUGGAUGCAACCUCUGAAGUUCCGAGUGGCUUGCACCUCCCAGCAGCCUCCCUGGACCCAGCAUCCCUCCACCGCCUCCAGGAGGCAGCAACAGGAGGAGGCAGGUUCACUAGGUUGGCCCACCAAGCCCAUGCCAACCUCAGGUCAGCUCUCUUUAGUGUCACGGACUCUGGAAACCCUGAGGAUUCUGAGAGUGGGGCAGUUGGGAGGAAUAUGAGGGAGUCUUGCUGUGAAAUGGAACAGACGGGGAAGAGGCUGGAGAGGCCAGGUUUUUCAAGCAUGGGUAAGAAGAGGGCCACAGACCAGGGCUGUUGUCAACAGAUUGGGUCUCAAGGGGCUGCCCAGAUAGACUCCGAGGAGGCAGAUGGUUGCAAGGGCUGUAUUGUACCUGGGGAAAUCAACAGGCCUGAGAGAACUGGGCCUAGUCGAAAAAGGAAACUGCAGGAAACAGUAGAAACCUCCCUUCUCCAUUACCACCAGUUUAAGAGGGACCAAAAGAGGGAAAAAGACUCAUCCCUCACCCAGGACCUGACUCAUUUACAGAAUGCCUCUUGGACCAAAGCCAGGGCUUCUUUCAGUUUCCACAAGAAGAAGAUGGUGACUGCUGUAUCAGAAGUAUGCAGUAGCUACACCGUUGCCAGUUCUCUCUCUGAGUCCCUCAUCUCUGAAUAUCCAAACCCUCCUGUUACGAACAGAACAAAUAGUGCCGUGUCUCCUUGGAACUGCUCUUCCAUGUAUUUGCUAACCCCGUUUAAGACACUACAUGUCACAGACAAAAAGGUAUCAGAUGCUGAAAAGGUUUACGGGGAAUGCAAUCAGGAGGGCCCUAUCCCCUUUAGCAAUUGCCUUUCCACAGAAAAAUUGGAAUGCUGUCAGAAGAUUGGAGAAGGGGUGUUUGGUGAAGUGUUUCAAACAAUUGUUAAUCACACACCUGUUGCCCUAAAAAUCAUUGCUAUUGAAGGACCAGAUUUGGUCAACGGAGCCCAUCAGAAAACUUUUGAGGAAAUUCUGCCGGAGAUCAUCAUCUCCAAAGAGUUGAGCCUUUUGUCUGAUGAGAUACACAACCGUACAGAAGGCUUUAUUGGUUUGAAUUCGGUGCACUGUGUUCAAGGAUCUUACCCUCCCUUGCUCCUCAGAGCCUGGGACCAUUAUAACUCAACUAAAGGGUCUGCAAAUGACCGGCCUGACUUUUUUGAGGAAGACCAGCUCUUCAUUGUGCUGGAAUUUGAGUUUGGAGGGAUUGACUUAGAGCAAAUGAGAACGAAGCUGUCCUCCAUGGCUACUGCAAAGAGCAUUCUACACCAGAUCACAGCAUCCCUCGCAGUGGCCGAGGCAUCCCUGCACUUUGAGCACCGAGACUUACACUGGGGGAAUGUGCUCUUAAAGAAAACCAGCCUCAAAGAGCUCCAGUACACCCUCAACGGGAACACGAGCACUAUCCCCACCCGUGGACUACAAGUCAAUAUCAUUGACUACACCCUGUCACGGUUGGAACGGGAUGGGAUCGUGGUGUUCUGUGACAUUUCCAUGGAUGAGGACCUAUUUACAGGUGAAGGUGACUACCAGUUUGAGAUCUACAGGCUAAUGAGGAAGGAGAACAACAACUGCUGGGGUGAAUAUCACCCUUAUAAUAAUGUGCUCUGGCUCCAUUACCUCACAGAUAAGAUUCUGAAACAGAUGACCUUCAAGAUUAAAUGUAACACCCCCGCCAUGAAGCAAAUGAAGAGAAAGAUCCAGCAUUUCUAUAGGACAAUGCUGAAUUUCAGGUCUGCCACUGACCUGCUCUGCCAACACAGUCUGUUUAAGUAAGUCAGACAUGCCUUACAGGCCCAAACUGAGAGGGUACUGGUCUUAAAGCCCUUGAUGCUGUUUUCAGCCUUCAUCCCCAGAGCAGGGUGGAUUUCCCAUUCUAAAUGUUUCUAAUCAACUUUUCAAACAAGAAUUUUGUUUCCUAGUAGAAACUAAAAUGUUUCUGAAGUUAACAAAUGUUCUUUAAAAAUAAACUAUACAUGGGAACAAGUGAUUACAAUUUAGAAGUCCUCUUUCUGUCAGCAGAGUCCAUUCUAUAAAUGCCUUUCCAUAUAUUCAUUUCUGAGCCUUGACAUUUCAUGUACCUUGAGCUAAAUAAAUAAGUAAAUAAGGAAAGCCAAAGACCUCAACUUUCAUACUGAUGAGAGCCUGUGGCUGUAGGUACCAUAAGGGAACCAUACUACAGAUGAAGAGUCAACUGAGAGUAAAGAGGCUGUAGCAAAGCAGAAAUAGACUGGAGGGAGGAAAGGAAGAUGGUAAAUUUAUAGGGAGAAGUGCAAGAAAUAUCUCAUGUUUAUCAAGCUCAUUUGCCAGUCACAAAGACAAGCAGAAUUUAUCAGUUUCAGAGGGAAAGUAAGUAUCUCCAUGGGUAUUAAAAAGGUUUGAAUUUUUGCUUAUUUUUCACCAAGGGGAGGAAAACAGAAGUGUUGCUUUAAGAGCUGAAUGGUUGAUAUUUCUUGUGAACAUGACUUUGGCAAUGUGUUCCCAGGUUAACUAAACAUGUUUUUACUCCUUUUCUAGAACUCUGGUUUCAUACCGUUGAGAAUCCAUAGUCACUUUGAAAAGAGGUGUGAUCAUGAUAAAGAAAUGCCUCUAAGUACCUGAA